AUGUUAUAUGGGUAUUGGUUUUUGCUAAUCCAUUAUCCGACCAAUUUGGAUAUUAUCAAAAAAACCUAUCCCGUACAACCUUCGGAAGGAUAUAUACAGUUACGUAUUUUUAAUGGCAUACCUGAUUGCUCAUAUACUCUGGGCAGCAACUUGACAGGCUAUGAGAGGAUUUCCAUCAACGGCCUGGGCUUGGGCUAUGAGAAAUUCAUCUACAUUGAAAAUAAAACAUUACCCCUCAAAUACACAGUACAAGAGCAAACAGGCUGUCCCAAACUUCCCGGAGGCACCUUCACUUUCAAAGAGAAACUAGCCUACAGUAUAUUUUUGCAAAAUAAAAUUCUACCCCAAUCGGCUCAUGUCUAUUUGGAAGAAAUGGAAAAGUCCAACAAAGCCAAUCCAUUGGUUAGGAAUUUGGCAAACAUCAAUCCGGAUAGUACCAUUGUUUGGAAAUCGCACAAAACCGGAGAUAUCGAAUCAACGAAGAAGGCAAAUAAUCGAGAAAUUAUUGAAUUGCGUGCCACAACCUAUGAUGUGCUCAUCGAUAACGUUAAGGUGCAUGAGGUAACUUUGAGGCAUGGUGGGGUCUAUUCCCUGGUAAUGGGCAUUGAUGAACACGACACAACGGUGACCCAGUUGGCCGAAGUGAUUAAGGCCAACUCCAUGAGUAUUCUGUGGCUGAUACCACAGUAUGUGGUAAUGACGCUGGGCGAGGUAAUGUUUUCGGUAACCGGUUUGGAAUUUUCCUAUUCACAAUCUCCCGUCACUAUGAAAUCGGUACUACAAGCAUGCUGGCUGUUGACGGUGGCCUUUGGCAAUGUCAUCGUUGUCAUUGUGGCUGAGGCGAAAAUCUUCAAAUCUCAAGCCAAUGAAUUCUUUUUAUUCGCCGGCCUUAUGUUUGCCGAUAUGAUUGUCUUUAUAAGAUACAAGACUUUGAACCACAAGGAAAUAUUCUAA